AAGGUGCCCCUGCCAUAGUCGAUGCCCGAWAAGUUCUGUGUUGCUAUGGUAAUAAAGUUGACAAUGGCAGCAGAGGGAAUCUUAAAUCCCCACCUUGACGGUGAGACCCACUGUGGAAAACCAGAUGGCAGCUACACCCAUUAUAGCGCCAGGUCAAAGCAGUAUGAAGUGAGAGUAAGGUUUCACAGAGGAAAUGGGACAUAUACAAGAGCCUCAACAAUUCAGCAGCGUGACAAAACGAAACUGCAAGCUAAAGGGCAAGAGGGCUUGAGAAAACAAUUAGAGGAAUGCUGACCUGCAUAAACAAACUYGGUUUAAGAUUUAUUUYYYCCCCCCCCUCCAGAUUGAAUCACAACAACAAGGCAAUUUCAAGAAAAGACACUCCUACAAACAAGCAGUGUUUUGGUCCUUAUAAGAGCAAAACAGACGCGUUCGAACAGCAUCCGUAAGGUGAACGUCCAAAGAGGAACAGAACAGCACAAGUUUGGACAGAUUGGUCACAUAGAGCUGUGCCUCRGGGCAACUAUCUCAUCUGGGAUCUUCACGAAGAAUGAGGAGCAUGUGAAGUUCAUUGUCAAGUCACUGGAARUCUUUGUGCUGAUGGCUGAUGAACUGACUUGUGCUCAGAGAGCUAAAUGAGAUGUCAAUCAGCUUUUAAAGUUGAAGCUACUCACUCGGAUGAACGGCGCAARUCGGUUAUUUUAGAGUCCUGGCAGCGUUUCUUUUUCAUCGCAGUAUAGASCUCUAAAUCUCUGUAAAGCUUAUUGAAACGUUUCUGGGAGUCCAACUCAAGCAACUGAGCUCCGCAGGCCAAACGUUAUGGAAGGGAAGUUUCAGAGUGUCCAGGACUUUUUCAGCUGGCUGUGGACCUUGGCUGUGGACAAACACAACCAGGGGGUCUACAACACCRUCUGCCUGGUCGUCCUGCUGACGCUUCCUCUGCUGGUCUUCCUCACCGUUGUGGUGGUGUGCUGCCACUGCUGCUGCUGUCGCCAUGAUGGCAGCUGCCGCCGCUGCUGCAGCUGGUGCUGUGGAGGCUCUUCGAGGUCGGCGGGGAAAAAGAAUAAGAGUUCUUCCAACAGCGAGGACUUGUGGAUAUCCGUAAAGACUGGACCGACGACUCCUGAUCGGGUCGCUAUGGGAAUGGUGUGAGGAUUACCUCUGUUGAGGAUUACCGCACAGGUGCCGAUCAGUAGUUGGAAGACUCAAACUCGUUUGGGAUGUAGAUAUCAUUCAAAUAAAAAGAACUUCAUAUUGCCGUGGGCAUACACACGGCUGAGACGAGUUUGUUUUUGUAAACAAAUACUUGUCACUUUGUAUUCACAUGAUGCUGUGUGUUCUGGUUUUAUGACAGUGUUUACAACAUUUUUAUGAGCUUUUUUUAGUGCGUGGUACAUAAAGAAGAAAUAUGCAGACUGAAAAAUAUGAAUGCAAGUGUGUCUGUGCAGCGUGUGUGUCAGGUAGAGAGGCGCAGAGUUGUUGGAAGAACUUGAUUCUUAGAGCUCCCAUGUGAAAUUCAAUGCAUCCAUAUUUGGGAGAGGGAGCAAAGGAAAAGUCUGCUCACUGCUCAAACUACUGGCACCCACUUUUCAGAGUGCAGACUGAGAAAAACAGCAGUGAUAUCCAAGACGAGCCCUUAUUUUAUAAUUUUUUUUAAAACAAUUUAGUAUUGUUCAAUAAAAGAUAUGUUUGUCCAUACAUUGGAAUCAUUAGGUUUCUCACAUUAACGGAAGAUGAAGAAUAGAGGCAGUUUGUUAUUCAAGAAAGCAAAUUGAAAUAAUUUGCUUUUAGAAACUCACUAUAUACAGUGUGUGUAUUAUGGCUCUUUUUGGAUUUGAAGCUCUGGAAAAAUAAAAUGUCAUUUCAAGAUAUAGAAUUAUUCACCAUUUUGGUUUUUUGAUCGAUGUUAUGUGUUUUAGUGCACUGCAACUUAACAAUUGCGAAUGCAAGACGCUGCUUCAGUGCUGAAAUAAACAUUUUUUAAUUGAGUUUGAUGUCAGGUUAAGGGCCAUAUACAGAUAAAACAGUUGCUCUUGCAUAGAAAACCUUACAGAAGCACUUUGGAAUUUAGACAGCUACUACGCAUUAUGACCACACUUAUGUGUCUGUUAUGUAUAUAUGGAUAUUCAGAAUAUAGUUUUAUUAAAAUUGCUAAGCAAUC